AUGUCUAAUCUUUUAAAAAAAAAGGAACAACUACAGUAUCUUUCAAUACUUAAAGAAAAUACCAAAGAAAAUAUAAUAACAAUUAAAAUUAAUGAAACUAUUGAAGCGAAUACAAUUAUUUUAAACAAUGAUUUGGUUAUUGAACAUAUUGAAGGAAAUGAAUGUCUUUUUGAAUAUUUAGUAUUAGGUGAUAGAAUAAUUGAAGAAAGUGGAAAAAAAUUACUAAAUGAAGCUAUUUCAUUACCAAGUCAAAAAGUCAAUCAAUGGAAUAUUAAAAUAGUUAGAAUUGGUAACUAUAUACCCAUAUCAAAAGAAAGAUUUAAAAAUAUUGGACUUGAAGGUAGAGAACCUGGAGCAGCGUAUUUUUGUCUUAAUAUUCAAAAACCAAUAUCAGAAAAAGUAGAACUUGGAGUUACAUGUUAUGGUAGUCAAAAUUCAUUUUAUAUUUUAGCUAUAGAACCUGAUACAAUUGGUGAAAUAACAUUUUUAGAAGGUGAUAGAGUAUUAGACAUUGAGGGAGAAAAAUUUGGACCAUCAGCUCAAUUGAAUGAUUUACUAGAAAAAGGAUUCCAAAAAAGUGAUUCCCUAAGUUGCGCAAUUGAAAGAGCUGUUGGAAAAGCUCCAUUAAAUCGUUUAAGAGAUUUACUUAUGACAUGGUAUUCUUUUAGACCAGAUCCACUUCCCGAUGUUGCUUUGGUUGUUGAUAAUGAAACAAAACUUGUUAAGAAAGGUAAAUCACUACCAAAAUCAAUUCUUAAAAAAAAUAAAUCACGUCAAAAUAGCAAACAAAAAAUUAAAAUUUCUAAAGAUAACAAGAAAUUUGAAAUGAAAUCAAUAGUUCCUAAUAACUUAUUACUAGAAAGACUAAUAAAAAAACCUUCUUGA